ACCAGAUUCGUAUUCCACAUAAUACAUAAAACAGACUACGGACAUGGCGUCGAGCUUAGUCUGUGCCCAAAGCAGUGCGCAGAGCGACAGUUUCGAAUAUUGCAAUUUUUAUCUUUGCGAAAAUGAAGCUCUGUCACGGGCUUCUUUUAGCACUGGCGACUCUGGCCCUCUGCGACCGUGUCAAGGGCCAGUCCAAUAGGUUCGAUAUUUCCAUUCACGUCAUCGACACUGGCAAAGGAAGCGGAGCUAACGAAGCGCCGGUGAAGUUGUACAAAUCGAAAAGCAACGAUGACUGGCUACUCGUGUCUCAAGGGAAAACGGGAGCCAGCGGUCGGUUGACCGAUUUCACGUCUUCCACACUAAAAUUCACGAAGGGAAUUUACAAAUUUACCGUCGGGGCCAAGGAUUACUACAGCGCAGCUGGCCAGGAGACGCUGUUCCCGGUUAUAGAUAUUAUUUUCAACAUCGACGACACGAACCAGCACUAUCACAUCCCGUUGCUGCUCAACGCCUACGGCUACAGCACCUACCGCGGCUCAUAAAUAUUUCGUAUCUAAAGUAUGAGGUGUAUUUUGUAAUUCUCGAAAAUAAAGUGAACCGACGAAGAUCUCCUCUCUUAAAAAAAUGAUGGCCUUUGCUGUGAAGCAUUUAAUACGUGAUUCUGAUUGGUUGCUGGUUGGUUGCCUAGGCAACGAGAUCAGAACCGCGCUUUAAAUUCAUAACCCUGGUAGAAAUGUUUGAGGUGUUUAAAAUGAAAUGUGGAAACCUUGAUAACAGAUAAAAUAUAUGUAAUAUAACUAGCAAGAAAUUUUAGUAAAAAUUAAUCAUUACCAAGA